ACUGUAACAUUGCUACAAAUCUUUCUCAUGGAAAUAUCUGUUAGAAAUAAAUAUCAUGUGCAGCAGAAAGAGUCUGUGCACGUGACCAAACCCACAGGCAAAGCUUGCUGCACGGCUUCUGUCGUUAUCCCCCUACCCGUGUCAGCAGCAGCAGGUAAGUGUUCUACUGUCUCCCCCGGAUCAGUUUGUACAAAAGUUACAUGUUAAAGUGAAAGACUGUGUUCCUUUAUUAGUAAAGCUGCCUGGGCCUCUCAGCUCCUUGAAAACAAGGGUUGGGUGGUUCAUUGGAACUAGUCACAGGGAGGUGCAGCGUGAAGAGCUAUAAAUGAAGAAUUCCCAGCGUGUGCGAGGAGGCGCAGCUUACGCACUUGGCAGACACACACACACAUCCAUGUAGUGAAACCCGCCCACACGCACACUACAUACACACAGACGAACAUUACUAGAAUUCUCCACACACGUACAUCACGUGACGAGCGCGUCUGCCCUCCGCUCACCCCCACUCCUCCCCCUCUUACUGACGUCACCGCCCCCAGCGCCCUGGAGCCCCGCAGACAGAGCCGACAGACAGCAGGAGGGAGGCGGCCCGUGUGCAGCGGUGACGUCACGAGCUGUGUACCGAAGGGAGGGGAGCCUGGCUGGCACCGAGCUGGAGAAGGACCGGGACCAGAGGAAGAGUCGUUUCCCCUGAGCAAGAUGUACUGUUGUUGAUGCACAACCAGAAGCUGCUUGCUUGCUGUUCAUUCCUGGAUAUGCCUUUAUCUGAAGCUCUGUUAAGUGAAUCCUGGAAAACACAUUGCUGGAAGGACUGUCGCCAUUUAAUGCUCGUGCUACCCGGCAGCUUCAAUCCUAUGUGUUUGUUUUGAGAUCGUUUCCAUUUUGUAGCAUACAUUGCUGUAUAUAAAUUAAAAAUCAUAGUUCACGCUUUCGGUAAAAGUAACAGUAUAUAUACACGCACUUUGAAAAAUUCUAUGCACAUAGCAUUCUUUUAAAAAGAAUUCUAUCAUUUAAAGAAUUUUAUCAUUUGUUAUUUUAUUAUAGUUGGACAUAUUUAAACCUAUCACAGGAAUAUAUAGAUACGGAGUAUACACAGAGUUAAAAAAUGUAACUUAAAAUGUUCAGAGUUUUUAAAGAAUCAGGGAAUUAGUCAUAUUACAUCAUUGCUGGAAUGUUGCCUCCUAGAGGCUAAAAUAUUACUAGUUUUUAUAGAUUUUUUUUAAUCACAAACUAAUCUAAACAUGGGUGAAGAUGGUAGCCCUCCACUGAAAAAGCUUGCUAAAGAAAUGGAUAUCAGUAUUGAGGUUCCUAAUGUUGCUAAGAAGGUAAUUACAAUAAAGAUGGAAAUAGAUGAUUAUAAAGAACUAUCUGCCGAGGAGAAUACUGACUUAAACCCGGGAUUGAAACACACCUUGGCGCAGUUUAAUUUGAGCAGUCGAAGUUCGUUGGGUGGACCAGCAGCAUUUUCAGCACGUUUCUCCCAUGAAAACAUGUCUCCAACAGUGUUUUUACCUCUUCCUUCCCCUCAGAUUCACCCAGGACCCCUUCUUAUUCCUUCAGACAGUUCAACAGAGCUUACACAGACUGAACUGGAAGGGGAAUCCAUUUCUUGUUUUAUGGUAGGAGGGGAAAAAAGACUUUGCCUCCCUCAAGUCUUAAAUUCCGUUCUCCGGGACUUGUCACUCCAGCAAAUAAACAUUGUCUGUGAUGAAAUGUAUAUAUAUUGCUCUCGGUGUACUUCAGACCAGCUCCACAUUUUAAAGGUUUUGGGCAUACUUCCAUUUAAUGCCCCAUCUUGUGGUUUGAUCACACUGACUGAUGCUCAGAGACUAUGCAAUGCUCUUUUGCGGCCACAGACUUUCCCACAAAAUGGAAGCUUGCUGCCUGCAAAAAACUCUUUGGCUCAAUUAAAGGAAACUGGCAGUGCCUUUGAAGUGGAGCACGAUUGUUUAGGAAAGUGCCAGGGUUUAUUUGCACCUCAUCUUUUUUCCCAGCCAGAUGCCCCUUGCAUUCAAUGUUUGGAAUGUUAUGGGAUGUUCUCAACACAAACCUUUGUGAUGCAUUCUCACAGAUCCCCUGACAAAAGGACUUGCCAUUGGGGCUUUGACUCUGCUAAGUGGCACUGUUAUGUUCAUCUUAGCCCAAAAUAUCUAGAUACACCUGAAGGCAAAAAGAUGAAUGCGCUCCUAAAGGAAAUGAAAGAAAAAUUCAGUAAGAAAAAUCACCCGAAGAGGAGUCAACCAAAAGAGUAUGCUCAUUUGAAGGCAACAUCAGCUUGGCUUCAAGUGCUCAUGGAGAGCUGUAAGAAGGGCAUCAAAUGGUGCCAACCCCACUGUACUGCUCUGCAUUUAAUUAAUGGUUUUGGCAAACAGGGGGAACAUACACAGAUAUUGGAAUUACCCUCUUGGUACCCAGUCAUAAAACAAGAAGAUGAUCCCACCAAUAGACCACAUUUGUUGCACCCUAGCUACUAUCUCUACAUGUAUGAUAAAGUUGUGGCGCCAAAUGUGUCCCUCACAGCUACUGUAUCACAAUGCAAGGAAGCAAAAAUAGCAAAGAAAGAGGUUAUGAGUGGCAAAUCUUCAGUGGAACUAGAGAAGCAGGCUAGGAGUGGCAAACAUAAAUCUUCUACCUCGUAUCCUGACCUCUCCAUAGAGGAACAAGUGAGGGUAGAUUUGAAAACAGACAUAAAGACCAGUAACAAUAAACAGCUCAAUACAGUGAAUGGGGAAAAGGUUGAAUCUACUAAUAAGGAUGUUCUCUGUGUGGAUGACAAAAGCCAGAUUAUGGAAGAAGUUGUAAAAACAUUCUUGAAACAGCAAGAGAAACUGAAUUAUAUUCUGCAGAAGAAGCAGCAAAUUCAAAUGGAAGUUGAGCUUCUAAGCAAUUCCAAAACUAUGAAAGACCUGAGUGUGGAGCAACAGAAUUUGCAGAAAGAGUUUGAAUCCUUGCAGACUGAGCACGUUCUAAAAAUGGAGGAAUUAUAUGACGAGCAGCGAGAUUUGGAAGAAAAGCUGAAGCAAGUUAAAAAGCAGAAGUGCUCGUGUGGUUUGAACACAGACAGGGACAAAGAAACACAAUAUGCAAACCAGUUGACAGAACUACGGCAAAGGCUGGACCAAGCUGAAGCGGACAGGCGAGAGCUUCAAGACGAGUUAAGGCGUGAACGAGAAGCCAGGGAGAAGCUGGAGAUGAUGAUUAAAGAGCUAAAACUUCAGAUUUUGAAAUCAGCAAAAAGUGGGGAGGGAGAGUAGAGUAUGCAGCACCCAGACAAAACUUUACACUUCAAACAGGGUUUAUUUACUUAAUAUGCGGAGAACAGCGUGGCAUGUUUUGACUUCCCUGCCCUAUGAAACAUUCUUCAUAUGUCUGUGUGGUUUGUAAUACUUUCUAAACGAAGGCAUCACCAGUAAUGUCUGGUUGGGUGCUUUAAUUUUCUUGCUUUCCUUUUUUAAGACCAAACUGUUUUUCACUUUUUAUUUUGAAGUUUGAAUCAGAUUUCUAAUCUUAUCAGUGCAGCAAGUAACUGCACUUCCUGGCUCCACUGAUAUGGCAGUUGCCAAACAACUUCAUUAAUGUGAAAAGACCAUUUUGAUGCUGCUAACACUUGUUCCCCCAUCCCAAUUGCGUGGAAAAGCCAAGCUACUGGAUGUUGUUAGGAAUGUCUUCUCAAAGUGACAGAUAUGUUGUAAAGCUAUAUUUGCCAUAAGAGAGAGAAAA